CGGGAAUACGUAAUUGGCAAAAACGUAUGUGGAAAACUACGAAAAGUUUCGUCGAUUAUCGUAACAAUGUAAAUCUAGAAGAUCUUCAAGCAAUACCUACUGAUCCUAAAUUUGCCAAAGAUGAUGCAUAUAUGUUUGAUAGCCGAAAUUAUUUUCUGAAAACUGUAACUGCUAACAUAACUGAGACUCAGCAAUUAAGUGUUGCAAUAUCUAGACUACAAGGACUCAUGAAUAGUUUACGUAAGGUGUCUUUGGUGUGUAUGAAAAAAAGUCGUGAAUUUGAGCGUGCGUUAGCAGUUAAAAUUAUUAUGCUUGCACCAUUCGCACCACACUUUGCAUCAGAAUUAUGGGCAGCGUUCUGUUCUGCUAAACAUCACCUUAUAAGUGAAAAUGAAGUAAGAUUGGAUAAGGAUGUUAUGGAACAAGACUGGCCAGAGAUAGACUUAGAUUAUAAAAUGACAUUAAAUGUACAUAUAAAUGGGGAAUGCCAUAAAAAGAUUAAAAUACCUAAAUACAAAUUGGAUAAAUUGCUAGUCGAUGAAGCCUUGGACUCGAUGAUGAACGAUCCAGAAAUCCAACGACGUUUGGUGAACAAAAAGAUCGUUGAGACUAAACUUCUUUCAAAGGCAGGCUGUGAUUCAACAAUGUACAUCGUUACAGAAAAACUUAAAGAAACUAUAACAACAUAAAACUUUCAUAAAAUCAGUAGUAAGUGUAAAAAGGAAAUGCAAAUUGAAAAUACUAUUAAAGUAUCCUUUAUGAAAUUUGUUAUAUUAUAGUGUGUAAUAUUAAAAUAUAAGACUGUGUACAUGAUGAAACUAAUUAUAUAAGUAUUUUUUUACUAUCGAGUGAAA